UGAAAUGUGAAAUUUGGAACACUUCUAAUUCGUAGUACAGGUAUAUUACAAAAUGCGCUCAAUUCCUUUGUUGCUUGAAUUAGCCUUUGUUGCCAGCCUCGUGGAUGCUGCAACUGAAUAUCUUCAUAAUGCGGACUUUGAGAGUACAAGUUUUAGCGGUAACUGGGUUUGCGCGGAUUGCACUAUGACGUCCUACACAGCAGAUGUACAUCACGGAAGUAGAUCAAUCAAGGUCACAAACAGACACCAUUACUGGUCAGCACCCCAGGCUAACGUCCACGUUCCUCCGGGGCACAACUAUGUCGCUAGGAUGUAUUUUAAGUUACUAAAUAUACCAAACAAUGUGAAAACUAUAGAAGUAGAUCUCAUGGCUGCUGUUAAUACUCAUGGUAAUAUCUUAGAGCAUGCAUAUUUAUCAUAUUAG